AUGGCAGGCUCUUACGCGAAGAAGGCGUCCACGCCAUCCAAACCAUCGUCGAUUAACAAAUCAAACUCCGGAAAACGGAAUUCGAGCAUUCUCAGUUUCUUCCAGAAGACCGACACUCCGCCGGGGGCGACCACCCGCCAGUCUCGAAUGACACAGUUUGUCACCCGAUCACCGAGCAGCGGCCGAAGCACUCCAGGACUACAGCGUGGUGACAGCUCGGUGGGAGAUCCAGCGGAGGGAUUAUUCAUCGAAGAUAAGAAAGGACUGGCUAAGCUCGGACGAACUGAAGAUUCGAGCGAGAAAGAUAGAUUACGGUCACCCACGCCGGAUGACAUUUGGGGCGAUUCUGACGAGCCAAUGGAACUCCGUGACCAACGAUACAAUGAGCAAGAAUCGUCUGUGAAGCGCCGCAAGGUAUCUAUGCCAGAGUCGACGGAUGCGACAGAGGAUACGGAGCCCCACGCGAAGCCAGCACCAGUAAAAGUGUCCAGCGGACCGUUCAUAGACGAGUCAGACAGCGAAGAUGACAUAGAAGCUUAUCGGGAGUUGGAAGAAACGUCGCCUUUUACGCCCGCACCCCCCACACAAAUCUCUUCAAUCAAUGGUGAUUCCGUUAGAGACAUACCCGCCGAACUUGUGCCACCAUUGGUAAGAGGAGCCACGAAUGAUGACGAACCUUAUGAAGAUACGAAUUUUGACGAUUUGGAAGAAGACGAAUUAAUAGGGGAGGAGUUUCGAGAACGACCCUGGGACACCGAAGAUGGGGACAGGUUAGAGGAGGAGACAGUUGACGAACGGGAAACUCCCAGUUGUAUGGAUGAGUUUUCCGAGGAGACCACCAAAUGCGAGCCCCAAGUCUUCUGUCCAGUUUGUCAAAAGGAAUUGACAGGACAUGGUGAAACCGUAUGUCGCUCGAACAUCUUUUGUCGGAUUGACCCCACUGAUUUCCCGGAACAGGAUAUUUCAGUGCAUGUGAAUGAUUGCCUAGAUGGAAAGCAAAAUGCCACGGCCAUGCCAAAAGGAUCACCAGGUUCCUCGCCCGCACAAACAACAUUGCCUUCACCUAAAGAGCCAAAAAGAGGGUUAUCGCGCGCCGAGCUGGCUUCGAUUGCUCGACCUGCUCAGCGGGAUCCUUUUGGAGACAGCAAGGCGGAGGGCAAGACUGGUAAAAGCGCAUUCUCCAAAAUGAUGGCAGGGAAUGCGGAAGAUACUGCGUGGGCUAACGCAGCAGCCAAUGAGGCAUCAUCGCGAGGCAAACAAGCCUAUCAACGGACUUGCCCAUUCUACAAAAUCAUUCCUGGAUUCUCGAUCUGUGUAGAUGCUUUUCGCUACGGGGCAGUCGAGGGGUGUAAUGCCUAUUUUCUAAGCCAUUUCCACAGUGAUCACUAUAUUGGGCUUAAUAAAUCUUGGUCUCAUGGCCCGAUCUACUGCAGUCGAGCUACGGGCAAUCUUGUCCGGCAGCAGCUUCGCAUUGAUCCCAAAUGGAUUGUAGACCUUGACUUCGAGACUACGACCGAGGUACCAAAUACGGGAGGUGUCCAAGUGACAAUGAUUACUGCGAACCACUGUCCCGGCAGCUCCCUGUUUCUUUUCGAGAAAGCCUUUGGCAGUGGACCAAAUGCUAGAUGCGAGCGAGUCCUUCAUUGUGGCGACUUCCGUGCCUCCCCGGAUCAAGUCCGACACCCUCUUUUGCAGCCUAACCCGAUCAAUCCAGUGACUGGCCAACGCCGGCAGCAACGGAUCGACAAGUGUUAUCUGGAUACGACCUAUCUCGAUCCCAAGUACGCGUUUCCGAGCCAGGAAAAUGUGAUUACUGCAACCGCCGAGCUAUGUGUGCGUCUCAACAAAGAGGCUGGCGUUGCAGCUGACCCGGCGAGCUCUGGGGCAGGGGGUCUGAUGAACAAGUUCCUCUCGUCCGUGACAGGUAGCGAGCGAGCGCAAGGGUCAUCGCCAGCGCCUUGCAGCGGACGCCUUUUAGUGGUCAUCGGGACCUACAGCAUUGGGAAAGAGCGAAUCUGUAUAGGCAUUGCACGUGCCCUGGGGUCGAAGAUCUUUGCCGUUCCACACAAGCAGCGCAUCUGCGCGUGCCUGGAGGACCCGGAGCUGUCUUCCUUGUUGACGAGCGACCCCCAUGAGGCACAAGUGCAUAUGCAGACAUUGUUUGAGCUCCGGGCCGAUACGUUAGCCGACUAUUUGGACUCACUGAAACCGCAUUUCUCUCGCGUGGUGGGGUUUCGACCUACCGGUUGGACCUACCGAGCCCCCGCGGGGCGACUGCUGGUUAACCCUCCGGUACCGACGGUUCUGCGGGGCGAUCACUGGCGGACCCCAUUUACGGUAGACAGCCUAAUUCCGCAGCGAGGCAGCACGCGAGAGAGUGCCUGCUACGGGGUACCUUAUAGCGAGCAUAGUUCUUUCCGAGAACUCACCAUGUUCUGCUGUGCUCUUCGGAUCGGCAAGGUCAUCCCGACUGUCAACGUGGGCAGCCAGAAAAGGCGCGAGGAGAUGAAGAUGUGGAUGGAUCGAUGGGAAGGAGAAAAGAAGCGGAAUGGACUGUUUCCAGUAGAAGAGUGGUGA